AUGUCACCCAAAAAAUUCCGUACAAAAAAAAGGACAGUUGGAAAUAAAACUUUACGUCAACGUAUGAAAGAUCUAAAAAAGAAAAAAGGGUUAAAAUCUAUAUCGACUAGAAUAUACAUUCAACAAAUAAAAGAAACUGUUGAGUCUCAAUCUAAUAAUAUUAGUAUUACUGUGACAGAUGAUUCAAAUGAUAAAAUAGUGGAUUCUUUCUCGGCAAGUAUUAAAUUUACAUUUUUUUUAACAAUAUUUUAUUCAAAAACAGAAGUUCCUGUGGAAAUUGAAAAGGACAUUCAAGAGGUAGAUCAGAACACAUUUCCAAAAGUAACUGAGGCUGUUCACAAUGGUGAAGUUCCUGUGGAAAUUGAAAAGGACAUUCAAGAGCUAGAUCAGAACACAUUUCCAAAAGUAACUGAGGCUGUUCACAAUGGUGAAGUUCCUGUGGAAAUUGAAAAGGACAUUCAAGAGCUAGAUCAGAACACAUUUCCAAAAGUAACUGAGGCUGUUCACAAUGGUGAAGUUCCUGUGGAUAUUGAAAAGGACAUUCAAGAGCUAGAUCAGAACACAUUUCCAAAAGUAACUGAGGCUGUUCACAAUGGUAAAGUUCCUGAAGAAAUUGCGAUGGACAUUCAAGAGAUAGAUCAGAACACAUUUCCAAAAGUAGCAGAGUACAAUGUCAUUCCUGGGUCUGAUCCAGCUCUAUGGUCCAUAAACAAUUUUACUCAAGAUUAUUUUUGUAUUCAUGGUUUUUCUCAAAAUGUUUCCAGUAUGAAUUUUUCAAAGUCAAAAAGACCCUAUAUUAAAUCUCAAAAAGGUGUUAAAAAAACCUACUACAGGUAUUUUAAUUUAAGGUAUCUUCAGGUCACUUUAAAAAAUGGAGAAAAAUUGAAACGAGACUUUUUGAUGUACUCUGAGAGCAAAGGUGUUAUAUUUUGCGGUCCAUGUCUAUUAUUUGGUAACAAAUCAGUGUUUGCUACAACUGGUUUUUCUAAUUGGCAAAAGGCUGAGGAGCGUAUACUAGAACACUCAAAUUCUUCGAAUCACCGUUCAAAUAUCAUAAAGAUGAAAGAUCGUGGUAACAUACAUGGUCGGAUCGAUAACAAUCUUGUGACGCAAGUAGAACUCAACGUAUAUACUGGGUAA